AUGGCUUUCCAGUUAUAUCCAACCAAAUUUUGCUCAGAUGCAUUGCGCAGAUUUCUCUCAACUUCUCAUGUUAGGAACAAAAAAGAAGUAAAGUAUGCAGUUAAUAAAAACGUGACAACGGUUGAAGGAGUACUUGUCCCGUCAGAACGUGAAGGAAAAGUUGUAUGCUUAGAUGGUUUUGGCGACCCUCGAGAUGGAGAUCCGAUUAGUCGGUUGGGUUUAAAUAUUCGUCACACAGAUAUCCGAAUAUUAUCACAGUUUCUAAGACCUGAUGGAACUGUUCUUCCUAGACGUAUUUCAGGUAUAAGCUGUCGGUCACAAACCCAUUUGGAACUAAUGAUUGAACGCGCAAGGAAGGCUGUUCAAAAUACUUAAUUCUCAUGCUGUUAACUUAAGUAGUGAAAGAUGAUCCUUUCACACGUGGUCAUGAAAGUAUAAUACUAUGAAACAUUCCAGUGCAUAUAAUGUUACCUCAGUGAUCAUUUUAUUUGGCUUUCAGCCACGAUACAGGAUCAAAUCUAAAAUAGUAUGAACAAUCCGGUAAUAUCGAUAGCUCUUACACUAACAUUGCAGCUUGAGUUAUAUUAAUUACCUUUGUAAGUGGUGAAUUCUGUUAUUUUUCUGGAGUAUUAGUGUAACACCGCAAUGUUUCUCAAUCAUUAAACCUCAAAGAAGUGCGUUUAUAACGUAAAAGUAUUUCACAAAACAGCUAAUCAGUUCUUAUCGUCAGAUAGGUUCAUACAUCGGAGAUUAGUCUAUUUGUUUGAACAUGUAAACAUUGGUACAAGGAGGUACCAAAUAUAUAUACGCCACACAAAUCAUUUGAUUUGUGUGAGGGCUAGGAUACUGUCUGCGUACCCAAACUGAAGCAGGUAGUUUGCUUAGGGAACCACUCCUGUAUCCUUCGACCUAGGGGUUUAAUCCACAAGGCAGUAGAGCAACGUUUAGAGAUGCAGUCCCAUGGUAGACGGUGACCAACAAUCGGCUCAUACACCACUUGUUCCCGCAGGAUCCCGGAGCCCAUAAGCGAUAUUGAUUUGGGACCAGAGUUUUCCAACUCCUCUUGGUGGGUCCUCCGUAUCCAACAACCCGGUUAAAGCGCCGGAUAUUUGCUUUUCGUCCUCUCAAUUUUGUAAGCAACGGUAAUGCCGCGAGAAGGCAGUGAGUAGGACUUCCUUGGCAGUGGCUGUAUACGCGUGGCCAUUUGAGAGCAUUUAGAGAAGAGGAGCAAACUUUUCCCAACCUUGGCUAUGCUGAAUCAUUUAGGGACCGGCCACUGCACAGAAUUCACACUUAUUUCUUAUUUACACUAAGUAUUACAAAGUGAUCGAAUUAAAGUAAUAUAUUGUUAUUCCAAUUGAGAUUUAUUUCUUACUAACUAUAGUUUCAAAAUAGACUGUUAAAGAAUUCCAAAUCUAUGAGGUAAGAUUAUUUUGGGAUAAUAAAAGGGUUCACAGAUAUUACGUAGUACUGUUGUAGACUACCAAUUAGCUAAAUAGAAUUUCAGAUUGUUAAAGUAUUAUUUAUUUUAUUCUAAGAAAUAUCGCUCUCUAAAAAUUCUUGACCUCGUUUAGGCUUACUACCUGUACAAAUCAAA